UCUCUACUGCUGAGAGCAGACUGAGUGGGAGAUGGCAACUGAGGUAGAGUCUAGAUCAAGUGACAUCCUGGGCACCUUCGGAGCAGCUGCCGCAGCUCGGGAACACGUCCAGGCAGUCACAAGAAACUACAUCACCCAUCCCCGAAUCACCUACAAGACUGUGUGCAGUGUUAAUGGGCCCUUGGUUGUUCUGGAUAAUGUAAAGUUUGCCCAAUAUGCUGAGAUCGUCAACUUCACCCUUCCAAAUGGCACUCACAGAAGUGGGCAGGUCCUGGAGGUGGCUGGGACCAAAGCUGUCGUUCAGGUAUUUGAAGGGACUUCAGGGAUUGAUGCCCAGAAGACAACCUGUGAGUUUACUGGUGACAUCCUCCGGACUCCUGUAUCAGAAGACAUGCUAGGGCGAGUUUUCAAUGGUUCUGGCAAACCCAUUGACCGUGGGCCAAAGGUUAUGGCUGAAGACUUUCUGGACAUCAAUGGUCAACCAAUCAACCCCCAUAACCGAAUCUACCCAGAGGAGAUGAUCCAGACUGGUAUCUCCCCCAUUGAUGUCAUGAACAGCAUUGCCCGUGGCCAGAAGAUUCCCAUCUUCUCUGCAGCUGGACUCCCUCACAAUGAGAUUGCUGCGCAGAUUUGCCGCCAGGCAGGGCUGGUGAAGAAGUCCAAGGAUGUCACUGAUUAUCACGAGGAUAACUUUGCCAUUGUGUUUGCAGCCAUGGGGGUAAACAUGGAGACAGCUCGAUUCUUCAAGUCCGACUUUGAGCAGAAUGGCACCAUGGAGAAUGUCUGCCUCUUCCUGAACCUGGCCAACGACCCCACGAUUGAAAGGAUCAUCACACCCCGCCUAGCCCUGACUACUGCGGAGUUCCUUGCCUAUCAGUGUGAGAAGCAUGUGCUGGUCAUACUAACAGAUAUGAGCUCCUAUGCGGAGGCCCUGAGAGAGGUCUCAGCUGCCAGAGAGGAGGUACCUGGUCGACGAGGUUUCCCAGGGUACAUGUACACAGAUCUGGCCACCAUCUAUGAGCGGGCAGGCCGAGUGGAAGGCCGGGCAGGUUCCAUCACCCAGAUCCCCAUCCUCACAAUGCCCAAUGAUGAUAUCACCCACCCCAUCCCUGACCUGACUGGCUUCAUUACUGAAGGACAGAUCUAUGUGGACAGACAUCUGCACAACAGACAGAUCUACCCUCCCAUCAAUGUGCUUCCUUCCCUCUCCCGUCUGAUGAAGUCAGCCAUUGGGGAAGGCAUGACGAGGAAAGACCAUGGAGAUGUCUCAAACCAGUUGUAUGCUUGCUAUGCCAUUGGGAAAGACGUUCAGGCCAUGAAGGCAGUGGUGGGAGAGGAGGCCUUGACCUCAGAAGACAUGCUAUACCUUGAGUUUCUGCAGAAGUUUGAGAAGAAUUUCAUCAACCAGGGCCCCUAUGAAAAUCGCACCGUGUUCGAGUCCCUGGACCUUGGCUGGCAGCUGUUGCGCAUCUUUCCCAGAGAGAUGCUCAAACGGGUCCCCCAGAGCAUCAUCGAAGAGUUCUACCCACGAGAGACCAUGCUCCAUGCCCAGGCCCAGGCCCGGAGCCCAGACACCACCGACACCUCUGACACCUCUGACUCUAUACUCUAGGGCUGCCCCCUCGAUGCUACCCCUCAAUACCAACACCUCCCAGGGGAAAUGUCUUCUGCCCAAGCCUCACCCCCUCCUCCCUAGCCCUAGUUCUGGGAUCUGUGAUACCACUGUGGUACCUAUCACCCCUCUUAUCCCUAUCACCUUCACCCCCCAGUCUAAGCUCAGGCUGCUUCCUCCAGCACCACUCACACUCCCCUCCAGCCACAGCCUUUUGGGUGUUGUCCUGCCCCCAAACUUCUGAUCCUCCCCUCGAUCCCUUCACUUCCCCUCCUUCUACAAGGGAGGAAGCCUUCACACUCUAGCCCCACCCUAGACCUUUCCCUAGAGGCCAAGUCAUUCCAUCAUCUCCUCUGGGUACCUGCAGGGAGGAAAAAGUGGAGAAGAAAACUCAGAGAACUCCCUACCCUGCUAAUGUCAGCUACUGUUUCAUUAAAAGCCCCAUUGCUUAAGAAGAGCAUCCA